CCUUGCUCCCCUAGCUGUGCGUUUGAAGAUCACAACUCCUGCAACUGUAUGCGACGGUGCGAACAGGCUGCGGAACUCCUGAAACUCCUGACUGCAGCGGAGUUCCCAAAAGGGUUGCUGUGUAAGACCGGUGCUCUCAGUAUUGCGCAAGAGCAGAUGCAGCCAACCCAAUUGCGCAAAAACACAGAAAUUCCUCGCCAUGGAUCAGCAUGACCUUUCGCACAGCAUAUCGCUGCAUCCGCACCUCUUUAAAACGAGGUCGGACUCGGCGAGCCGCCUGGCGCGGUCUCAGUCGCCCACUGCAUCCAUGUCAAGGAGAGGCACCAGCACCGCAAUCGAGACUACAGGCGGAGGCGACGAUGUUGCCGUUCCUCGACAUCCGACACUAUCACCCGCGGACGUCGAAGUUGAGAGUCAGCGCGCCGGCCGCUUUCCGCUUGUCGGCGCCGGCAAUGACCCGUAUGGCCUGUCUCGGCGGUACAAGACGGCAUCCGAGCUCGCCGAGAUCAAAGCAAAUACGUCUAGAAAACGGAAUGCUACCGAACAAUCUCCUGGCGCGGCCGGCCCCACCAAGCGCUCGACUGCCAGCACGUUGGCGCGAUAUGUGAAGACGUUUGGGCGCUCUGCCACCACGGCACGGCGCCUCCACGGGUUCUACCAGGCACAGAACGAGACGAUUGAGCGGCUGCUCAAAAGCGUUGAGGAGCACCGCGCCGAAGCGCGCCAGGAACAGGGCGAGGACCAGCUCAAGUUCAAGAUCGCCAUGUGGGGUUCGUUCGCCGUCAACGUCGCCUUGGCCGCCGUCCAACUCUACGCCGCGAUCACGUCCGGCUCGCUCUCUCUGUUCACCACCAUGGCCGACGCCAUCUUUGACCCCAUGUCCAACGUCACUCUGAUCGUCACCAACCGCGCCGUGCGCCGUGUCGACCCAGCUCGCUUCCCCUCGGGCAAAGCGCGCCUCGAAACGGUCGGCAACAUCGUCUUCUGCUUCCUCAUGACGACCGUGUCGCUCAUCAUCCUCUCCUUUGCCGCCCGCGAGCUGGCCGUGGGCGGCGACGGCGAACUCAAGGAUUUCCACCUGCCGUCCGUCAUCUCGGUCUGCACUGCUUUUGGCACCAAGCUGGCCCUCUUCCUCUACACGUGGUCCAUGAAGGACAAGUACUCGCAGAUACACAUCCUCUGGGAGGAUCACCGCAACGACCUGCUCAUCAACAGCUUCGGCAUCCUCACCUCGGUCGGCGGCAGCAAGCUGGUCUGGUGGCUGGACCCGGCCGGCGCCAUCGUCCUGUCCGUGAUCAUCUCGACGCUGUGGCUGCGCACCGCCUUCGCCGAGUUCCUGCUGCUCGUCGGCGUCGUCGCCCCCGUCGAGAUCCAGCAGCUCAUCACGUACGUCUGCGUCACGCACUCUCCGGCCAUCCGGCAGAUCGACACCGUGCGCACCUACCACUCGGGCCCGCGCCUGAUUGCCGAGGUCGACGUGGUCAUGGACCCCGACGCCUCGCUCAUGGAGACGCACGACGUCGCCGAGGAGCUGCAGAUCAAGCUGGAGCGCCUGCCGGAUGUCGAGCGCGCGUAUGUGCACGUCGACUACGAGACGACGCAUAAGCCGGAGCACGCCUAUAAGAAGGAUCUGUGAGGGGUUGGAUGACGUCUGCGGGUAUCUACGGAGUCUAGAGGAUUCCGCUUUCUUGCUGCUCGGGACGGGAUAGAAGGAGCACAUGUUUGAGGCCUGUUGUGU